AUGUUGUCAAAAACGAUAAAAUAUUUUGCUCGACACAGUUUGUCAACUAAUGUUUCAUCUCAUGCUCGAAUAUUAGAAGGUUUUCGUGAAGCUAUUGGAAAUACACCAUUAAUUCGUUUAUCAAAAUUGAGUCAAGAAACUGGUUGUAACAUUCUUGUUAAAGCUGAAUAUCUUAAUCCAGGUGGUUCAAUUAAAGAUCGUGCUGCUUUUUUCUUAAUUAAAGAGGCUCUUGAUAAAAAUUUAAUUAAAACUGGUGCUACUAUUGUUGAAGGUACAGCUGGUAAUACAGGUAUUGGAUUAGCUCAUAUUUGUAAUGCAUUGGGUUUUAAAUGUGAAAAAAUUGAUAUACUACGUGUAUUAGGUGCCGAAGUAACAACAGUUCCUGUUGUUCCAAUUACUGAUCCAAAUAAUUAUAAUCAUCAUGCUAGACGUUAUGCUGAACAACGUGAAAAUGCCGUAUGGACAAAUCAAUUUGAUAAUCGAGCUAAUCGACAUGGUCAUUAUUGUACGACAGGACCUGAAAUUUGGACACAAACAAAUGGUAAAGUAAAUGCAUUCGUGAUGAGUACAGGUACUGGUGGAACUUUAGCUGGUACUUCUAUGUAUUUAAAAGAAAAAAAUAGUAAAAUUAGAACUGUACUUGCUGAUCCACCUGGUAGUGUUCUAUAUAAUUAUAUUAAAUCGGGUAAACUUGAUCGAACUGAUGGUUCAUCAAUUACUGAAGGCAUUGGACAAGGUCGUAUAACACAAAAUUUACAAGAUGCACCUAUUGAUGAAUCAUUAUUUAUCAAUGAUCAAGCUACUGUUAAUAUGGUUUUUAAACUUUUAUGUGAAGAAGGAUUUUUUGUUGGUGCUUCAUCAGGUUUAAAUGUAGCUGCAGCUGUUGAAUUAAGUAAAUCAAUGCCAAAAGGUUCAACAAUUGUUACAACUCUUUGUGAUAAUGGACAAACGGCAUGGCGUAAACAUUGUUGGGUAAAUCAAGUAUCGUUACCUACUCAAGAUCCACAGUUAUAUUAUAAAAAAAAUUAUACCUCAUAUCCAAUUUGUAAAGAUGUGAUAAGUUUAAUUAAUUCGAUUUAUAAUAUGAAAACAAAUAUUGCUAAAGUAAAAUAUCCUGAAUUAUUUGCUCAAAAAAUUAGAAAAAUAUUUAAUUAUAAUAAUACAUUAUAUGCUAAAGCACUUGAACAGGAACUUUAUUUUGUUGUAAACAAAUAUUCAUUUGAACAUACAGUUUAUAAUCCACUUCGUGGUCGUCGUCCUGUUCAACCACCUGAAGUAUCUGUUGAACAAUAUGAGACAAUGGAAAAAACAUCUAAAAACUGUGAUUUAUGUAAUUAUCAAAAUAUGACAGCAAUGGAUAGUCUUGGUCGAAUGGAAAAUCAACAUGCAUAUUCAGCAGCUAAUGCAUUUAAAUUUGAUCAAUGGCAUUCAAUGUUUAUGCCCAAACAACAUGAUAUUACAAAAUUAACAUAUGAAGAAUUAAAAGAUGUUUUUACAUUAGCUUGGAAAUGGUUUCAAGCAGCUCAUAAACAAUCACCAUCACAUCGUUUUCCUACUCUUCUUUGGGAUAGUUUACCACAUGGUGGUGCUUCACAAGUACAUCCACAUAUUCAUGCAACAUUGCAUUCAGAUCAUUAUUAUGGUCAAUUUGAAUCAAUACGGUUUGCAUCUGAACGAUACUAUCGUGAAUAUGAAAAUGUUACUACACAUAGACAAAAAAAUUAUUUUCGUGCAAUACAAGAUAUUCAUAUGGCAUUCAAUUUAACAAUAUCAUUCAAUGGUGUUACAGUUCUUAUACCUAUUACGUCACAUAAAGAAUAUGAUAUAAUUGUCUUAGCAGAAAAUUUCGAUGAACGAUUUAUUAAAGUAAUUUAUCAAGUAAUUCAAGGUUAUUUUAAUAAAUUAAAACAAUUUAGUUUUUCUUCAUGCAUAUAUUUACCACCAUUAUCACCAAAUCAAGAUGAUAGUGGUUUAACUCCUGUUUAUUAUCGUAUUGUACCUCGUGGUCAAAUAUCUAGUCUAUUAUCGGAAGUUUCAAGUCUUGAUUUACUGUCCAUAUAUAAUGUUAAUAAACUUCCGGCAGAUCUAUUUGCAGAGAUAGUAACUUGGUUUAAAAGAAUAUAA